GCCGCGCCGCGCCCCGCCUCCGUCCCGUUCCCCCCCUCUCCCCCUCUCCCCCAAGCAUGGCGGCACCGGGCGUCGGGCAGUACGCUCACGCUGGCCCGGGUGCUGGCCCUGACCCGUACGGGUUGCAGCCGUACCCGCAGCACACGGCCCCGUCGUCGUCGUCGACCAGCUCGCCGUUCCUCCUCGCCGCGCCGCCGCCUCCGCACCACCCGGGCACUUCUGCCGGCGGCUCGUUCCACCUCGACCAGCAGCAGAUCGAGUGGGGCUCGAUCCAGCACCAGCACCACCACCAGCCGUCGUCGCACGCCGGCUGGCUGUCGACGCUGCAGCAGCCGCUGCCGGACUCGGGCGACUCGUCGACGGCCGCGGCGGGACCCGGAGGCGCUGCCGCAUCGACGGUCGCUUAUCCGCCUCCGAUCACGUCGCACAGCGCCCUGCACGCUCUCGCCCCCGUCCAGUGA